AUGUACGUCGUCGAAUACUCGUCGUAUAUCGCUGCGAUCGCUCAUUCCGCUCCUUGCCCUGCUCAUCAACUUUGCAUCUCGAUCAAUCCUGCGCGCAGGUCCGCGCUCGAGCUCCUGAACCCUCGCGCCGAGAGCGUGCGUCGCAAUCAGGCGUUCCAGAUCAAUGUUCGUGAAAGAGCCCCCUUCCCAUACAUCGACGGCCUGAAGCGUUUCGCCAUGCGUGGCAGUGGUAAUGGAGAUCGAUGAGCUAAAUCCUUGCAUCCGACUUUGGGUAGGCCACCGGAGCGAUGGGCCUUGCGAAUGUCGUCAAGAGCAACUUGGGUGAGUGGGAAUCCGGCCUUACUAUCUACACCGGGGUGUCAGCCAUCCUUCGUGCAUGCGCAAGAGUCGCAACUGCGCAGAGCCUCACUUAAGUUCCACGUCGGUCGUCGUGGCGUCGUCCCCUUACCCGCGAACAUGCCGCUCCAAAGCACUCGGGGCAUGGUCACGCGCUGUUUCGUGAUACGGCCGAUUCUCCGCAUGAGCCACACCUUGUACUGAAGUACCGCCUCGAUUGUAUCGCCAUAGGACCCCGGGGUACACUCAAGAUGCUUGUCGACGGCGCCGGUCAACUAAAAAUGACCAAAGAUGGCAAGGUUCUGCUCAGUGAGAUGCAGAUCCAGGUAUGUGCGGUCACCCAGAGAUGCACCUGAGCACGAGCUUGUCUAAACAAUUGUGCUCAACUCGCUUCUCUCCACUUCCACUCUACGCCCUGUGCCAGAACCCAACCGCUGCUCUGAUCGCGCGAACGGCAGUGGCCCAGGACGAGAUGACCGGCGACGGAACCACGAGCGUAGUCCUUCUCGUUGGUAGGUUGAUGACCCUUAUUGGGAAACGUUGCAAUGCCGCCGAGAGUGCACUGACGUGACGAGGUUCCGUAUUCUCAGGUGAAUUGCUCAAGCAAGCCGAGCGCUACACCUCUGAGGGAGUGCAUCCCCGCAUCCUCGCUGAUGGCCUUGACAUUGCCAAGAACAGUCUCACGAUGUUCUUGGACAAGUUCAAAACUCUUUUUGCGAUGAGUGGCUCGCCAUUUCACGAGCUCUUGGUCAAUGUUGCCUUCACCUCAUUGGCCACUAAAGUCCACAAGUCCUUGGCCAAAGCCCUGUCCCAGUCCCUUGUCGAUGCCGUACUGGCCAUCCGACGGGUUUCUACCGUUGGAGAGAUCGCGACGAAGUCUCUCAUAAGGUCGCCGGAUGGCGCGAGCGCAUCCAAAUACUUGCCGAUCGAUUUGCACAUGGUCGAAUUGAUGAAGAUGCAGCAUCUGACCGACACCGACACCCGUCUCAUCAAGGGCCUCGUGCUCGAUCAUGGACCUCGACACCCAGACAUGCCCAAGCGCCUAACCAACUGCUCAAUCCUCAUUUUAAACGUGUCGUUGGAAUACGAAAAAACGUAUGUCGUGCCCAUUGCAAGGCGCCUCAGAGAUUGAAAAAGGACUUCGCGGUCUGUUCGAAUCAACUGACCUUCACCUCUCCCGGCCUACAGGGAGGUCAAUUCGGGCUUCUUCUACUCCUCGGCGGAACAACGCGAAAAGCUCGUCGAGUCGGAACGCAAGUUCACUGAUGCCAAAGUCCGCAAGAUCAUUGAGCUCAAAAAAAUGGUGUGCGACAGCCAGCUCGAUAAGGACGGGAAUAUCAUCGGCGAACCGAAGAAUUUUGUGGUCAUCAACCAGAAAGGGAUCGACCCACUGUCGCUUGACAUGCUCGCGAAGCAGGGGAUCAUGGCACUCCGACGAGCCAAGCGACGCAAUAUGGAGAGGUGCGUCAGACGUGCUCUGUCAAUGUCGAUGCGGGGUCACUUGCGCAGGCUGCUGAGACAGCCCAUCUUCUUUCUCGACGUAGGUUGCAGCUCAUCUGUGGCGGAACCGCUCAAAACUCCGUGGAAGACCUUCAGCCCGAAGAUCUUGGCUAUGCGGGUCUCGUCUAUGAACACACUCUUGGCGAAGAAAAAUACACAUUCGUGGAGGAAGUCAAGGACCCGCAGAGUGUGACGUUGUUGAUCAAAGGUAAGCGUAGUCAAGGGACGUGUUGCCUUCGUUCAAUCCGAGUCAUUGACCCUUCACCCGCACACACCUGCACGCAGGGCCGAAUGCUCACACUAUCGCCCAGAUCUCGGACGCGGUUCGGGACGGCUUGCGCGCAGUCAAGAAUGCGCUUGAAGACGGUGCUCUCGUUGCGGGAGCGGGAGCGUUUGAGAUCGCUGCCCAUGCUUAUCUGGCAGGGGAAGUUAAGAAGAACGCGAAGGGCCGUACAAAGCUGGGAGUGCAAGCAUUUGCGGAUGCGAUGCUCGUGAUCCCGAAAACACUGGCCGUGAACGCCGGUCUAGACGUGCAGGACUGCAUCGUUGCGUUACAGGUUAGUGCCCUUUUCUACUGGUAAACGAAAGAAGUAUUCAUCUUACAGCUUUUUGCAUCAACGUCUUUUGAUGAUCAGGACGAGGCAGCCGAAGGGAAUGUCGUUGGGCUGAACCUGAGCACUGGUGAACCAAUGGACCCUGUCACGUAUGAACGAGCACCCUGGCAUGCAUGUGAUCGCCGAUAGCGAGAGUUUACUCAUCGGUGUGGACUUCUCUCUGUUUCAGUGAGGGUAUCUGGGACAACUAUCGCGUCAAGCGGCAUAUGAUUCACUCUGCGUAAGUCAUUGCACGCACAGGUCCCAAGCGCGCGAGCUGACCCCGCCCUCCCUCCGCCUCGUUCUUGCAGAGCCGUGAUCGCUUCGAAUUUGCUGAUCACUGACGAAAUGAUGAAGGCCGGAAGGAGUAGUCUCAAGGAAGGGCCGCAGCAAUAA